AUGGCACCACUAAAUCCACAUCGCUCUUCGAUUCUGCACCUUUUCAAAGCAAGAGUCGCUCCGGUUGACAUCAUUAAACGGCUCGGAGUCCCAAGUAGAACCGUCUAUGACUCGAUUUCUCGUUUCAAAAAGCUCGGCACAUUCUUGGGUAGAUGUGGAAAAAGAAGAAAAGCAACAGUCGUCACUCCAGAUCGGAUCAAAGCUGUGAAAGAGAGAACCAGAAGAAAUUCAGUCCGGAGCAUCAGAAAGAUGGCGAAAGAUAUGAAAAUUAGUCGAAGUUCGAUGGAAAAGAUCCUCAAAAUUUUCUCGAAAGCUACAACCAAGAAACGGCUUGAAAUAUCAAUAAAGCUCCUUCAGCGCACGCGCACUGAAGAACGCUUGGUUACAGUGUUCUCUGACGAGAAGCUGAUCACGGUACAGGCCGAAUUCAACCCUCAAAAUCAUCGAGUACUUGCUAAGACGUCUGACGAAGCUUUUGGCAACGGAAGGACCAUUCAUCGAGCCUCUCACCCCGCUAGUGUGAUGGUUUUCGGAGCAGAGUCUGCUGAUGGCAAGACACCAUUGCUAUUUGUCGAUCAAGAAGUAAAAAUCAACAAGGAAGUCUACAUUUCGGAGAUUUUGGAGAAGACACUUCUUCCCUGGACUCAGAAGGUCUUCAAUAGACGUCCCUGGAUGCUCCAAGAAGACGGUGCUCCAGCAAACACAGCCAAGUUGUCGCAACAGUGGUCCGAGACCCAUUUGCCUGCGUUCAUCCCGAAGGACUAA